AUGUCUGUGAGGGAAUGUAAGCGGCCUCUGAGCCCUGACAAGACGCCUUUAGUUCAGAUUGUGGAGCUGGACUUCAAGCUGCAAGAGGACAAGCUGCAGCCCUUGAUGAAGCGCCUGUGUCCCACCGGGGACUCCCACCUCCCUGCUCUGCCUUACAGCCAGGACACACUCUACUCCUCCACCCCCAAACGCAAGUCCAAAGCCGAGUCCAAGAAGCACGCGCGCUGGAGACUGUGGUUCCUCUGA